ACAUUACACCCGGACGACUUAAUUUUAUCGUUUCUUGUGCGAAUUCGCCUACGUGAGAAUUUAUUAAGCGUCCCAAUACGGCUGUUGACUAAGGUAUCGCGAUGUUUCUAGACAGAUACAACAUGUCACCACUUCCGAUUACUACGUGAUUGCAGUCAAUAAAUCUUCAAAGCUCGAUAAAAGCAGCUGCAGCGCGGCAGGAUUCAAUACUUUGAAAAGUGACAGCGCAAGAAGCGGAUCCUCGGAAAACGUACGAGAAGAUACGUUGUUCAGUGCAUAGAAGUGCAAAUAAUCGUGGACGUUAACAGUGUGGACACAUUUGUUGUAGUGUAAAAUUGUGUUUUGGUAUUAAUUGAUAUUGUAUUAAAUACGAAAAUGCCUGAAGACGUAACAAUGGCUGAUACCGGCGAAGUGGAAACUUUCGCCUUUCAAGCCGAAAUUGCACAGUUGAUGAGCUUAAUCAUCAACACUUUUUAUUCCAACAAAGAAAUUUUUAUUCGAGAAUUAAUCUCAAAUGCAUCUGAUGCUUUGGAUAAAAUUCGUUAUGAGUCUCUUACUGAUCCAUCAAAGCUUGACACAUGCAAAGAAUUAUUUAUUAAAAUCAUUCCUAAUAAGAAUGAUCGUACUUUGACUAUUUUAGACUCUGGCAUUGGUAUGACUAAAGCUGAUCUUGUAAACAACCUGGGCACUAUUGCUAAAUCUGGCACAAAAGCAUUUAUGGAAGCGCUCCAAGCUGGUGCAGAUAUUUCUAUGAUUGGUCAAUUUGGCGUGGGUUUCUAUUCUGCUUAUUUGGUAGCUGAUAAAGUUGUUGUCAUCUCAAAGAACAAUGAUGAUGAGCAGUAUUUGUGGGAAUCUUCUGCUGGUGGUUCAUUCACUGUCCGUCCAGACAAUGGUGAACCAAUUGGAAGGGGCACAAAGAUCAUCUUGCACAUUAAGGAAGAUCAGACAGAAUACUUAGAAGAAUCAAAGAUUAAGGAAGUUGUGAAAAAGCACUCGCAGUUUAUCGGUUAUCCAAUCAAACUUGUUGUUGAAAAAGAAAGAGACAAAGAAUUAAGCGACGAUGAAGAAGAAGAACAACCCGAAAAGGAAGAAGGAAAGACAGAUGAGGACAAACUCCAAAUUGAGGAAGUUGGAGAAGAUGACGAUGAAGAUAAACCGAAGGAUGAGAAAAAGAAGAAAAAGAAGACAAUUAAAGAAAAGUAUACAGAAGAUGAAGAACUCAAUAAGACAAAACCAAUUUGGACAAGAAACCCAGAUGAUAUUACACAAGAAGAAUACGGUGAUUUUUACAAGAGCUUGACCAAUGACUGGGAUGAUCAUUUAGCUGUUAAACAUUUCUCUGUAGAAGGGCAAUUGGAAUUUCGUGCAUUGCUUUUUAUUCCAAGGCGUGCUCCAUUUGAUCUUUUUGAAAGCAAGAAGAGAUUGAACAAUAUCAAGUUGUAUGUGCGAAGAGUAUUCAUUAUGGACAAUUGUGAAGACCUUAUUCCAGAAUAUCUUAACUUCAUUAAGGGUGUUGUAGAUAGUGAAGACCUUCCAUUGAAUAUUUCUCGUGAAAUGUUACAACAAAAUAAAAUACUUAAAGUUAUCAGAAAGAAUCUUGUUAAGAAAUGCUUGGAACUUUUUGAAGAACUGGCUGAGGAUAAAGAAAAUUACAAGAAAUGUUAUGAACAAUUUAGCAAGAAUUUGAAAUUAGGUAUUCACGAAGAUAGUCAGAAUAGGAAGAAGCUUGCAGAGUUGCUUAGGUAUCGUACUUCUGCUUCUGGAGAUGAAAUGUGUUCGCUAAAGGAUUAUGUUGGUAGAAUGAAAGAAAAUCAAAAACACAUCUACUACAUUACUGGUGAAAGCAAAGAGCAAGUAGCAAACAGUUCGUUUGUAGAGAGGGUUAAAAAGCGUGGUUUCGAAGUAGUGUACAUGACAGAACCAAUUGAUGAAUAUGUUGUACAACAGUUGAAAGAAUUUGAUGGCAAACAGCUGGUUUCUGUAACAAAAGAAGGUUUGGAGCUUCCGGAAGAUGAGGAGGAGAAGAAGAAACGUGAAGAAGAUAAAGCUAAAUUCGAAAAUCUAUGUAAAGUUAUGAAAGACAUUUUAGAUAAGAAGGUUGAAAAGGUUGUUAUAUCUAAUAGGUUAGUCGAUUCUCCAUGUUGUAUCGUUACUUCACAAUAUGGAUGGACAGCAAACAUGGAGAGGAUCAUGAAAGCUCAAGCACUUAAAGACACAUCGACUAUGGGAUAUAUGGCUGCUAAAAAACACUUGGAAAUCAACCCUGACCAUCCAAUUAUGGAGAAUUUGAGACAAAAGGUUGAAGUAGACAAGCAUGAUAAAUCUAUGAAAGAUCUUGUUAUGCUUCUAUUUGAAACAGCACUAUUGUCUUCUGGCUUUGCAUUAGAAGACCCACAAAUACAUGCAUCCAGAAUAUACAGGAUGAUCAAGCUUGGUCUUGGCCUUGAUGAUGGUGAUACAGUAAAUGUAGAAACUGAGAAAAUGGAUACAGAAGUUCCUCCUGUAGAAGAUGAAACGCAAGAAGGUUCUAGAAUGGAAGAAGUAGAUUAAGAUUGUCAUUUAAAAUUACUGAACUAAAUCCAAAGACUUAUAGAAUGUAGAAAGACUGUUACAAAUUAUUUCUACUUAAGUAUUAAAUAAUUCAUCAUUUUUUCUUUUUCAUGUGACAGAAUUAAGUGUUAUGCUUAUUGUUAUAUAUGACAAAAUUGCUAUAUUUAUUUGACAUAAUUUAUAAGCAUAAAAGAGCAGUUUCAAGUGUGAGAUACUGCCCUUCAAGUUGAAGCCUGCCACUUGAUUCUGUCCCAAAAUCUCUGUUACAUCAUUUUUACGAGAUUACAGUGUAAUUUUUAUUUAUUUUUUACUGAUUAUAUUUGUUUUUGUCUCACGCUGUCACCAUUCCAUUGUGAAAUCAUUGCAUAGUCUACUAAUUAAAAUUGUAAACAAUUGCGUGCGAAAUAAAGAAACUACCUUACAGAUUUAAA